UAUAUUUUUAUAAUUGUCUCAUGAGAUCGAUCAUUUAAAAUGAUGAUGCUGUCCGAGGCGUGCAACAGCCGAGGGAUUUUGAGGAGUGAAGACUAAGAGUGAUGUAUUUUAUUUUUUUAGUAUUGUUUAAAUGGAAUGGAAGAAAUGCAUAAUUAUAUUACCAUUUAUGGCUCAUUUUUUCUUUCUCUAUUAUAUUAUUAUAUUUAUACGGUAAGCAUCAUCUGUCAGAUGCGAAUGAGCCCGCCAUGACCAAGUACAGUCAAAAGCUUUCGAGGAACAUUAUUGAUUUCUUUCAAGUCUUUUUUUGCCAACGAAUCUGCUCACUCUACUUUCCCAAAUUGCCAUCUAUUGUAAUAAUACAAAUAUUGUGCAACAAAUUACAUCUCCAAACACUUACAAAUGGGGUUGCCUUCUCCUACACUUCUCAAGUCCCAAAUUUCUCCAUGGCAAUACAAACCAAAACUUGCUGGUUCUUUAGUAAUGUUUUUCUCUUUCUCGUAGGAUCAUUUCUGGUUUUCCUCUUUAAAACUAGCUUCUACUCUACUUCCAUAUUUAACAAUGCAUCUGUUGCCGGAGAUGAAUUCUCCUGCGAAAUUGAUCCACCAGAACCAACCUUCUAUGACGACCCAAAUCUCAGUUACUCUAUUGAGAGACGAAUGGAGAAUUGGGACCACAAACGGAAAACUUGGUUGGAUCACCACUGCUUUUUCUCCGCUGGAGCUGGCGAGCGAAUAUUGCUAGUCACCGGAUCACAGCCAUCGUCGUGCGAGAACCCAAUCGGCGAUCACCUUCUUCUGAGACUUUUCAAAAACAAGGUGGACUACUGCCGAAUCCACGGCCAUGAGAUUUUCUACAACAACGCUUAUUUACAACCUCAAAUGGGCUCUUAUUGGGCCAAACUUCCAAUAAUCCGGGCCGCAAUGUUGGCCCAUCCAGAAGUGGAAUGGAUCUGGUGGAUGGACUCGGACGCUGUGUUCACAGACAUGGAAUUCAAGGUUCCAUUAGAGAGAUACAAGGAUCAUAACCUCGUGGUCCACGGUUGGCCCAAUAUGGUUUACGAGGACAGAGAUAAUAAAAGCUGGACCGGGCUCAAUGCUGGAGUAUUCCUGAUAAGAAACUGUCAAUGGUCCAUGGAGUUAAUGGACUCAUGGGCCAAUAUGGGCCCCCAAUCACCUGAUUACAAAAAAUGGGGCCCAAUAUUGACGUCGACGUUCAAGGACAAGCAAUUUCCACUUCCGGACGAUCAGUCGGGUCUCAUUUAUUUGAUCUCUAAGGACAGACGAAAAUGGGGCGACAAAGUUUAUUUAGAAUGGGAGUAUUAUUUGGAGUCGCAUUGGAUUGGGGUGGUGGAGAGUUAUGAUAUCAUCACCUGCGGUUACAGGGAGAUGGAGAAACGAGAGGUAAGGUUGAGGAGAAGACACGCGGAGAGAGUGAGCCGGUUCUAUGGGGGUUUGAGAGAACCGGAGAUUCAGAAAGCCGGGUUUAGAAGUGGAGCCGGUCGGAGGCCAUUUGUCACGCACUUCGCGGGAUGUCAGCCUUGUAGUGGAAAUCAUAAUCCAACUUAUGAUGGAGACACGUGUUGGAAGGAGAUUGGUAGGGCUUUGAAUUUUGCGGAUAAUCAGGUGCUUCGCACGUAUGGUUUUGUCCACUCUGAUUUGAGUUCCUCUGCGGUUUAUUCUCUGCCGUUUGAUUAUCCUCACGGUGAAUGAUCAAUGAA